AUGAAGCGUAAAGAGCAAAAUAUACAAUAUCGGCUUCAGCAGCCUCGUUUGGGCUGCGCCAUGCAUUCGACAACGUUCUACUACUAUCAAACGGAUGUGGACGAGACUCACGCAGUGGAAUGGCGUCGAACUCAAGGGGAAUGUCGAUGUGAAACGACGACGAUGCCGGCGAUAAGCCUCAACUGCUAUCCUCGUGCCAUCAUUGCCGACGCCACCAACGCCACUGCUGAUUCAUUGCAAUGUGGCGAAUGCUUUUCGUGCAUUUCUACACCAAUGGCAUCUGGUGAACGAAAAGCAGAGAUGGCCUUUGCACUCAGCUCGGAUCACACGGCUAUGAACAAACUUCUGGUUCUGAUCGCAUCCGUACACAAGCACUACCCGUACACAAAAAUCCUCGUCUACGACACUGACGUUGGUGAUGAGUUGCUUCAGAAAAAGCUGGUCAGUGUUCGGAACGUCGAAGUGCAUCCUGUUGACACUGCUACAAGAUUCCUUUCUGAUGAUGCAGACAAAUCGCAAUUUAACGUUCUCUUCAUGUGGCAGAAAUCAGUGAGCCAAAAAAUACACACCAUAAUUGUACUUUUCAUCAAGGAUGCACUAAGUCGAUACAAAACGGUGCUGUGGCUGAACGAUGACCUGGAAUUCCUAUCAAGAAAUCUGGACGAUGUUCUGAAUAAAACGACCUCACCUAUAACGGCUAUUGGUCGCGAGUACACGUCGGAUAUCAGAAAACAUGCAUUCAUUCCCUACUUUCCCGGCAUAUUCACAAAGCGCAACUACACGUUACUUCUGUUGCGAAGAGGAGCCGGAAAAGCACUUCAAUGGAUCGUCAAAUGUGCCGCUGAGCCGUCAAGACGCUGCUGGGAUUGUCGUGACGCUUACGAGAAGGCUGUCGAUUGUAUGCCGAGUCUUCUAGCUCGUUUGUCGCUCGACACACGACUAGAAUAUCUUCCAAUGCCGACCAACUCUGUGCAGCAUCAGCGCUGGGAGCCGACUACCUGCGACGCACGUUGUGUCGUCUACACGUUUCUGGCAGUCACUCUGUUCAUACUCAUUGCCAUAGCUCUUGUUUUGAUUAUGUUUAGCAAAGCUACCAAUAAGUCA